UUGAAAUGAUAACUGUAAAGUCAAGCUAUUUAAAAGAUAUGUUAUCGUUAUAAAAAUAUUGUAAAGAAAAUUGAUAUUUAUUUUAGAGUCUUGAGGGAAAUUGAUAAUCAUAUUUUUAUUUGUAAUUUAUAAUUCCAUUUGAUUAUCUUUCUGCUAAGAGUUUGCAAAGUAAAUAUAGCUUGUGAAAACACGUGUUUAAUUUUAAGAAUUCAUGUGACACAUGCCAAAUACAUACGUACCUGACAUUUCGAUUUUUUUUUUAAAUGUUAAACAGUUACUUUAACGAUUUCUAUAAUUAUUUCAAAACAAGCUUUAUUUAUUUAAUUAAUUUAUUGAAUUUUAUUUUAGCUAGAUGAAUUAAAAUAAUGGUGCUGGUAAAUAGUCCAUCGCCAAAGCGCGAUGACAUCAAGUUGAACAAUCAAAUUAAAAAAUUACGUGAACCAAAUACAAGUUAUAAAUCAUCACGUGGUUCAACAGUAAAAUCAACAAAAUCAACUGGUGCUUCGAAAAUAAGACCAAAACUAAAUGGCAGUCGUUCAGAAUCUGGAAGUAUUGAAAGAUUAACUGAGGGUGAUAAAAAAAUAGUUGGCUCAAAACAUUUAAUACCAGAAGAUAAUAUUAAUGUUGUUGUACGAGUACGUCCAUUAAGUAAUAAAGAAAUUAAAUAUGGUGAUGAUUCAUCACUUAAAUUACCUGGUGAUGGACAAAUACAAAUUGAAAAUCCAAUAAGUAGUGGAAGUGAAAAAAAGAAUAAAUUAUUUUCCUACAAUGUUGUAUUUGAGCCAUCAGCAAGUCAAGAAGAUGUAUUACAACAUUCAGGAAUUAAAAAACUUAUUGAAAUGGCAGUUGAAGGUUUUAAUUGUACUUGUUUUUGUUAUGGACAAACUGGAAGUGGUAAAACACAUACACUAACUGGACCACCUGGAUUGUUUGAUGGACCAAUUGAUUCAUACUCGGAAGAUCAUGGAUUAGUAUUUCGUUCAUUUGUUUAUUUAUUUAAAACACUUCAAGAACGUAAAGAAUUUAAUUUUGUAUUAAAAUCAUCAUUUCUUGAAAUAUAUAAUGAAAAAGUUAUUGAUUUAUUAAAUCCUGGAUCAUCAAGAAAAUCACUUGCUGUUAGGUGGAGUAAAAAAAUACGUGGUUUUUUUGUUGAAAAUUUAUUCACUGUUGAGUGUCAAGAACUUGAUGAUUUAAUGGCUGUACUUGAGGAAGGAAUGCGAAACAGAUCAGUAGGCACGCACAACAUGAACGAACAUUCCAGUAGAAGUCACACGAUAUUGACUGUUCAUAUAACAUCAGAACAGCAGAUGGAUAAUGGAGUGUUUAUAACAAAACAAGGUAAAAUUAAUUUUGUUGAUCUUGCUGGAAGUGAAAUGACAAAAAAAACUCAAAGUGAAGGAAAAACAUUAGAAGAAGCCAAUAAUAUCAACAAAAGUCUAAUGGUUUUAGGAUAUUGUAUAGCUUCAUUGAGUGAUGGAAAAAAAAAGCUUGGUCAUAUUCCUUACAGAGAUAGUAAUUUGACAAAAUUAUUGGCUGAUAGUUUAGCUGGGAAUGGAGUCAGUUUGAUGAUUGCAUGUGUAUCAUCAGCUCGUUCAAAUACAAGUGAAACAUUAAACACUCUACGCUAUGCAGCAAGAGCAAAAAAAAUUCGCACAAAGCCAAUAAUUGUCAUGGAUCCAAGAGAAGCAUUGAUACUAAGUUUAAAACGUGAAGUUGGUGCAUUACAAACUGAAAAUGAUCAUCUACGUACUGCACUACAUAUUGGAAAUGAAACAAUAAAUCCACAAAGAUUAAAUGAAUUAAAUGAAAAAUAUCAACAACAACAACUUAAUCUAGCACAAGUUGAUAUUGAUAAACUUGCUGAAUUAGAUAAUAAUGAAUUAAGUGAAUUAUUAAGAUCUUAUAUCAAUGAAAAUGAAGCACUUAGACGUGAAAAUGCUGAAUUAUAUACAACUAGAGAUCAUAUUUUUCGUGAUCAAGAAUUGGUUUGUCGUGAGAAUGAAAGAUUGCUUAAAAAAUUGGAAGAUGUUAAUUCAGUUUGUUGUCGUUCACCAAUAAUUCCAGCUCGUCCAGUUUACUCUGAUACUAUUCUCAGUAGUUCACAACAUGAUGAUCUUCCAAGUUCAAUGAAUAUUUGGACAAAUCCAAAUGACGAUGCUUCUCGAAAUGGAGUUGGUGUUAGCUUGACGAAAUUAUCAAAGAAUAAUAUUCAAAUACCAUCAAAAGUAUUGAAGGAACUUGACAAAAGAAUUGUUGGAAGUUUUAGUAAUAUUGCUGAAACAUAUAAAGAUCAUCGUCGUAACAAGUCUUGGGACAAUGGUCAUGGCUUGAUGGAUAAUAAUGGAGAAAGAAUUUCACCUCCAACAGAUUCUUCUCAAAUGAAAAAGCCAACACUACGAAGAACGUCAACAGUACCUGAAGAAAUGACAACAAAAUAUAUGAAUACAUUUAAACCAAUUGUCAGAAGAAAUUCACAAUCAAUUGAUGGAACACCUGAUUCAUUUAGAAGUGGCUCAUUAAAUGAAGGACAAUCAGCACCUGAUACUGGUGAUUCAAUUUCAUUUACAACACCAUUUCCAAUUAUUUCUAGAUCAUCAUCACCAUUUACAACAAUUGAUGAUUAUUUAAAAAAAAAUAAUAAUACUGAGUCUAGAAUUGAAGAUGAACAAUUUCCAGUUUUCCACAGUUAAUAUUUAUUUUUAAUAAUAUAUAUAGAAAAUUUAUUCAAUAAUUUAUCUUGACUUUGAAAUAUAAAUUUUUUUUCUUUUCCAAUGUGUCUUUUUAUUUGCAAGAAUAUAAAUUAUAAUUGAUUUUUUAAUUAAAGCCUUUUUCUUAUCAUGUUGGGCAAAUUAAAAAACACAAAAUUGUUGAUACUUGGACAUCUAGCAACAACAAAAUUAAAGAACCAAAUGAAAAACUAAAAAAAAAAAAAGAACAAAUAUAUAUAUCAAUAUAAUAAAUUUUUAUUAAUUAAUUUUAUUGAUAUAAAAAAAUUAAAGAGAUUGAAAACCAUUGUAAAUACAAUAAUUAUUAGUAUACAAUUAUUAUUAGUAUUUUUUUUUUUUUGUUUUAUCAAGAAGUGGAAUAAUUAAAUCAUAUUUUUUUAAUUUAUAAAAAA